AUGAGCAAUUACCAACGAAAAAAAAAAACUAAUAAACAUGAUGCAAUUAGUGAUUUGCUUAAUAUCGAAAGACAAAAACUACAUCAUUUUAGUAAAAUAAAUGAAAAUUCGCAAAAAAAAAAAACAAUCAUUGAAGACGAAAGUUUCCAUUUUAUGGUAAGUUUGGUGCCUUACUUACAAGAACUUCCAGAUAAUAGAAAAUUAAUAGUUAGACAUAAGUUGCAACAACUGUUUUUGGAAGAGCAAGAUAGAUGUGACAGCAAUAGAUUAAAUCAAAAUGAUUUAAAUAUGAGAUAUUUACAGCCACCACGUCCUGAAGAUUCAAGCCAAGCAUGUUCUAAUAUACAUAAUGAUUCUAACCAAUUCAUUGCAAGUUUUAUUCAAGAACCAAAUCAAACUUUUGCUACAGCUAGUUCUACAUAUUAUUAA